ACGUACAGGGCGAGUGUAAUGAGACCUACGUUCAGACGUAACUAUCUAUAAAUGACUAUGAUCUAUUCCAUAUCGAAACCAUAUAUUCAAUUGGCAUAUAGAUUCUUCAAAUAGACAAGACAUUUCGUAGAGUAUUUCCAUAAUGGGAUUGACACAAAGUUCAAUAACUUAAUAUUAUUUACUUCCCGUUGAUAUUUUCAGGUCUUAUAAAUAGUGCAAAGAAUCAGCCAAGUAAUUCCUUUCACAAUGGUCAGAUUAGAAGACCUACAGAUCAGUUCUGUUCUACAUGGAAUCAACCAUAUAAUUAUCACAAUCACUAUAAAUAUAAUAAUAACUAUUCUAUUACACGCUAUCAAAAUCGUAUACCUUUUCGAAAGUCUACAAAAUUUGUCGCAGAUAUAUCUAGUCAGUCUCUGAGUGAAAAAGAAUCAAAUGAUUCAAGAUCUGUUAUAUUUAAGAAUUCGUCAGAUAUUACACCUUUGAGUGUUGCUCAGAAAAACACGUACACAGUAAGAACAUCUGAAACUUAUACCCUGCACAAUUUAAAGACCGUUAAAAGUGAACCCCUUCCGGUACGUAAGAACCACUCAUUCUCACAAUCUUUAAAUCAUUCUUUCUGUCAAAAGUCAACAUCAGGUGUGCUUAUCAAAGACAGUGAAGACAAGUCUGAAUCUAAUCAAGUACGUGAACACAUAAAAAUGCAUGUUAACCCAAAGUUUCUUAAGAGAAAGAUUACAGAAAAUGUCAAUGGUAGCAACUCUUUGCUUAAUUCUAUUAGUAUUAGUAGUUCUAAAACUAAUUCUUAUUCAAUACAACACUCGAAUUCAUCUGCAAGUGCAAAUCCAAAAAAAGUGACAAAUGUCUCACAAGUACAGUUGAACACUAUGGAUAAUAUGGUUAACACUAAUCCCAGUUUUGUGUCCAAUUUAUUAAUGAUGACGGGUUGCACUAAAAGUUCAUCUGAAUCAUCUGAGGCAGCUCAACUACAGCGGUCAAAUCAGUCUAAUGGUUCCAGUACUUUUAUGAGUUCAGGGAACACUAGUAAAACUCUGAAAAAUUCAGCCACAGAGAUGGAUAAUGUGGUUAACACUAUUCCCAGUUCUGUGUCCAAUUUAGUAAUGAUGACGGGUUGCACUAAAAGUUCAUUUGAAUCAUCUGAGGCAGCUCAACUACAGUGGUCAAAUCGGUCUAAUGGUUCCAGUACUUUUAUAAAUUCAGGCAACACUAGUAAAACUCUGAAAAAUUCAGCCACAGAGAUGCAAAUAAAAGAUCUUCGGGAAAGUUUAGGUUAUGAAAUUCCAGAUGAGCCUCCACCAGGAACAAUGGAUACCUUUUAUAGAAAGAGAAAUAAUGAAUCUUAUUGCAAAAAACAUUUGAACACGACAGUGUUUGAUCCAUAUUAUCAUAGAAAACAUGUCUUGCCUUCAUCACAAUACAAACUUGAUAAAAAAAUAAAAUCAAUUGUCUACCCACAUGUAAGCUUGAAUCGUAAGAUAAACUCUACUGAAUUGAACCGUUCCAAAUAUGUUUUAAACAGAAAAAAUAUAAUUCCAUCCAGUCACAUUUAUACUACUAAAUCAAAGUUCACAAAUAAUAAUCAGUAUUCUUAUAGUGCUUCAAAGAAAUAUCUGGGUAUUUCAAAAACGCAACAUGCAGCUAAAACAAUUAUAAGUAAAUAUAAGGUUAGAAAAGUUCCUGAUAUCAAGACCAGGUUAAGUACAGUUAGACAAACAAGAAAUCCGUUUAUGAAUAAUACAAGAUCCUGGAGAAGCAAUGGGUCAUAUACCUACACUUCACCAGCUAUCAAGUUCUAUACAGCUAGAAGUAACAACUGGGAGAACAGAUACAGAAUUAGAGGACCCACCUUGAAGAUAAAUUCACAUAGAAAUGUGUAUUCAUGGAAUAAAUAUACCAGCUAUUCAUUUUCUGGCAGACAAAGAGGCUUUCAAUACAAACUUGAUCAACAUCACAUUCAAAGGAAAUUGCAUUAUCUUAAUAAACCGUUUUCUUAUAAGAAGACAAGUUUAAAGUUUGAUAGAAGAAAUAGGAAAGCUGGAUGUCGUCUGGUGUUUAUAAAUGGCUUCCUAUACAGAUCAACAAAUAAAAGUAUGACAAAAACGGGCAGUAAAAAGGUGGAUAACAGACUGAAAUCUGCAUCACCAAAACUACCAAAUAAAAAAUCUGUUAUCAUCAAAAAUUUGAGUGGUAAACAAAUGAAAACUGUAAAGGUACGAGGUGUAACAUUUCAUAUGGCUGCAGAUGGUCACAGUUUACACAGAAUUCGUACAGGUACAGAUGAACAGACAACCAGUAAGAAACCUAUAAAUGAAGUUAAAGUUACAAGGGUUGAUAUUGGUGGUGUGACUUAUAUUCAGACUAAACCAGGAACGUUAGUUCGUAUGACAACUACCAGAACAAGAGCAGUUGCUAGUCGUGUCAUAAACAAGAGUAUAUCAACAGUUACUAAUAAACUAAGAAAGAAAGUCAACAAACAGUAUUGUAUAUUUUAUAAUCGCUUUGGUAAAUGUAAGAGAGAAGAGAAAUGUCCUCAUAUACAUGAUCCAGAGAAAAUAGCAGUUUGUACCAGAUUUUUAAGAGGAACUUGUAAUAUAACAGACUGUUUAUUUUCACAUAAAGCUUCACAAGAAAAGAUGCCAGUUUGUUCAUAUUUCCUAAAAUCAAGAUGUAUGAAAGAUGAUUGUCCAUACCUUCAUGUUAAAGUUAAUCAAGAUGCUUCUAUAUGUUUAGCAUUUAUAAAUGGCUACUGUCCAAGAGGCAAAGAGUGCAAGAAACUUCACAGUAGACUUUGUCCUGAAUAUACUAACACAGGAAUUUGUUCUAAGAGAGAGAAAUGUCGAUUACAACACAAGAAAUAUCAAUUACAACACAAGAAAAAUCGAAGAAAAAGUAAAGAGAUAAAAGAAAUUAAUCAAAGGUAUUUUAGCCAGCCAACUAUGUCAUCAGUAAAAAAAGAUAAAGUUGAUAUCAAUAAAAACGAUGUAAAAAAAUCUACAGCAUUACCAGAAUUUAUUUCAUUAGCUGAAUAUGGUUCACCUCAACUUGACUACAAACCACCUCAUAUACCUAGAAAAUCACUCUUUGAUGGUAUAAAGCCUAGAAUAUUAAAUUCGCCUGGUGACAUUCAGACCUCAUACAUAACUCAAAACCAAAACUGCUAUCUUAGUUCAUUUCUUUAAUAUGUACCCAAUGUUUUCAAUUAAUAAUAGGUAGUCGAUAGUAAUAUGUUAAACAUACAUUAUGCAAGAGCUAAAUCUGCCUAUUGCAGGUCUUUCUUUAGGCCUGAAAUGUUAUCUAAAUUAUUAAUUAGACAUUAAUUAACUUACCCAGAUAAUCAACUCUCGAUGAUGUCAUCGCUAGCCUGUGAUAUUUACUGGAUUUGAAUCCUAUUUGCUGCUCAACACUCAUUGAUGAUUUAAUCAAAAAAUGGAUAAUCGAGACUGUUAUUUUAUCGUACCGACUUUAGUAAUGAUGGUCAAGGCUAGGCCUAAAAUUCAAAAGCUAAAAUCUUGGUUCAGAGUGGAUCAAUUUGACUGAAAUUUUCAGCAAAUUCCCUUUACAUUAUCUAAUUGAAAUGUGGUCGUAUAUUGUUGUCGCCCCCGUCUGUCUGUCCGGCGUCCACAAUUGCUUGUGGACACUCUAUAGGCUAAAGUUAAUAUCCAAUUGACUUUAAAUUUAUACACAGUGUUUAAGGUUAUAAGACGAAGAAGCCUAUUGAUUUUCAGCGAUUUUCGAUAAUUACUGCCAGAGUAAUGGCCCAUGAUCACUUCAAAAAAUCUUGUGGACACUCUAGAGCUCAAAGUUAAUAUCCGAUUGACACAGUGUUUAAGGUCAUGAGACGAAGAAUCCUAUUGAUUUUCAGCGAUUUCCGAUAAUUACUGCCAGAGUUAUGGCCCUUGAUCACUUCAAAAAAUCUUGUGGACACUCUAGAAGCUAAAGGUAAUAUCCGAUUGACUUUAAAUUUAUACACAGUGUUUAAGGUCAUGAGACGAAGAAGCCUAUUCAUUUUCAGCGAUUUCCGAUAAUUUUUGCCAGAGUUAUGGCCCUUGAUCACUUUGAAAAAUCUUGUGGAUGCUCUAGAGGCUAAAGUUAAUAUCCGAUUGAUACACAGAGUUUAAGGUCUUGAGACAAACAAGUAUAUUGAUUUUCAAUGAAUCUUUUUGACUUGAACAGCUAAAUCCAUGAUGUUAAAAGUUUCGUAUACUAAACGUUAGCAUGGGGCAGAACUUUAUAAAAACCAAACAAAUUCUAAUGGUUUUCUGAUAAUUACUUAAUGAGUUGUUACUCUUAAUCAGAUUUUAAUGUAUUAUAAAUAUUUCAUUACAGAAAAAAGUAAAAAUAUGCGACAACUCUUGUUGACUGCCCGGACGAUAUAACUGCUGUGGGCGUAUGUUUUGUUGCCUGGCAACCUAUCUUUAACUAUUAUAGUGAGACCUACCAGCUCUUUACUUAAUCUCCCAUAAUGUAUCUUUAAUAAAUUAUAUUUGAUAGCAGUUUUGGUGUUUUACGGGCAUCUGAAACCAUCCACGAAUCAUCAUAUUGUAUACAAGUUGUAUACAAUCCAAACACAGUAAGUACACAUUCAGUUGAUGAACUGAUCUGAUUAAUAUCAAGGUAUUCAGUGGAAAUUUUAUUGUGAAUUUCCACCAAUGAACACUGGAGUUUAUGUUUAAGGAUGGUUUUGCCGUAUGAUUAUAUAAUUGCUCAAUUCUUUUCUGUUGAUUCAGCUUUAUUUUUGGCUUUUCUCUUCUUGAGGAAUGGAUAUUACAACAAUAAUUUCAACCAUUAAAAGAGCUGGCCAAAGUUAAAGUACAUUGAUUAUGUGAAUGUGAUUUUAAUGUUAUAGUUCAAAUGACUUACAUAUUAACAUGUUUUAUGUGGAUGGUAUUUAUCAAAAUAUCUCAGGUCAUUUGCUCUAGAACUAAACAUAAUAAUAAUACAUAUUUUUAUACACCCACAUUUUCAUAAGGACAUAUAUUGUCGUCAUCCCUGUCUGUCCGUCCACAAUUUGUUUGUGGACACUCUACAUGGCACAAUUUUUAUUCAAUUUUGACGAAACUUAAAAUAUAGAUCUAUCUCCCCAAAAUCUUGGUUCCUUUCGAUAUUGGCAUACAUCGGACCAUAACUUCAUGGAUUAUGGCCCCUGAUUGUAUGAAAAAUCACGUUUUCAGCCUGUGGACACUCUACAGGUUACAGUUUUCAAUGGAUUUUGAUGAAACUUGAAAUGCAUGUUUAAAACCCAAAGAUCUUGGUUCCUUUUAAUAUUAGUACAUAUUCGGUUGUAACUUCUUGAAUUAUGGCCCUUGAUUGUACGAAAAAUCUUGUUUUUAGCUUGUGGUUCCUCUACAGGUCUCAAUUUUUAUCCAAUUGAAAAAAAACGUUUGAAUACAUCACCGUUACAUCCUAAUAAUUGCAGAGUUCGAAUUUCGUGAAAAAGGGACCGAAACUGCCGGACAAAGAUCUUGGUUCCUGUCGAUAUUCGCGCAUAUCGGAUUGUAACUUCUUGAAUAAUGGCCCUUGAUUGUACAAAAAAUCUCUUUUUGUUUAGCUUGUUCUCUUGCAAAAUGUGGACGUAUCUGCCUGGCAGUCGCUGGUAUUUUUAUACGCUACAUUGAAAUUUGGUCGUAUAUUGUCGUCUGUCUGUCCGUCUAAAGUGUAAAGUUAGAGGCUAAAGUUAAUAUCCGAUUGACUUUAAAUUUAUACACAGUGUUUAAUGUCACGAGACAAAGAAGCCUUUUGAUUUUCAACGAUUUCCGAUAAUUACUGCCAGCGUUAUGACCCUUGUUCACUUUGAAAAAUCUUGUGAAUUCUCUAGAGGCUAAAGUUAAUAUCCGAUUGACUUUAAAUUUAUACACAGUGUUUAAGGUCAUGAGACGGAGAAGCCUAUUGAUUACUGCCAGAGUUAUGACCCUUGAUCACUUUGAAAAAUCUUCUGAAUUCUCUAGAGGCUAAAGUUAAUAUUCGAUUGACUUUAAAUUUAUACACAGUGUUUAAGGUCAUGAGAAGAAGAAGUCUUUUGAUUUUCAACGAUUUCCAAUAAUUUACUGAUAUUUUCGAUGAUUUCCAAUGAUUAUGGAAAUUGAUAUUAAAUGUUUUGUAUGCUAAAUGUUAGAAUAGGGCAGAACUAGAAGACAAAUGGGUUGUUACUUGUAAUCAGAUUUUACUGUGUUGUAAAUGUUUUCAUUUCUGACAACAACAAAAAAAAUGUGGCGACCCUUGUUGACACCCCGGACGACUUAGCUACUGUGGCCGUAUAUUUUGUUGCCUGGCAACCUAUCUUUUGAAAUAUGCGUAGUUAAUUUUAUGCAAUCUAUGUACACCUGUUAUUUUGAAAUGUAUGUAUGAAAUUAUAUUUUAUGAUGAAGAAAAAAAGAAAAAUACAGAUUUUAAUCAA